AUGGAUUCUUUUGGUGGCAGCGCUGAAAUCGGUCAUGCUUUUUCCUCGAUGACGGAAGCAGCGAAAAGCCAGAAUUUUGAUGAUACUAGUGAUCGCAUCACCACUCUCUCUCUUUUCCAGUUGCUUAGUGCUGCUAAGGAUCAAGAACGCAGACGAAAUGGACAACAAGAUCCUCAGGACAAAAUUAGAGAAGCUUUUGGGGCAGAUUCGCCAUUUUCAGGCCACAAGGGGAUCAAACCUGAAGUCAGCAAUGCAGUUGAUUCAACAUGGAAGACGGGCUCAGUGGGUGAAAGUCUCGGGAACGACGAUGACAAAAGCAGAAAUAUAUCAACAGCUGAAGAAUCACCUGAAGCUGAAAACGGGGCUGACAUGAUGAAGCAACCUUUCUUGUCAUCAUCAAUAUCACAUCAAGCCACUUCUGGGACAGCAGAUAUUGGAAGCUCUAGUUUUUCUGCAGCAAGCACUUCUUCCGGUCGGUUGACAUUCUCAGGCUCAUUGCAAUUUUGCGAUAACAUCUCGCUACGCUCGAAUAGCACAACCAGCACUACAUCUUUUGCUUUUCCCAUAUUAGCAUCAGAAUGGAAUGGAAGCCCCAUAAGACUGACAGAAAUUGACAGACGGAAACACAGAAGACCAAAGAAAAGCACAUGUUGGGGGUGUUUUACCGGCUCUCAAGUGUUGUAA